AUGUAUGAGGACAUCUGUGUUUGUGAGUGCAAGGUGGCAAUGAACAGCUCAAGUGCCAACCUGUUGAACGUCUACGACCAGGCCUACACAGUGGACCAUGACAUUGUCACCAUUUCUAAAAUUAUAGUUGCAGUUUUUAUGUCUCUCUUUUUUGUCUAUAUAAACUGCAUCAUGUUUUUUGCUCUCAGCAGCAAGUCCGUAUUUUAUGAAACCCCUCGAUACAUCCUGUUCGGCCACAUGCUUCUCAAUGACUCGGUCCAAUUGCUAAUUAUGACUGCACUGUAUGCGCUGUCUUUCACUUUUCUUAGCGUAGUCCGAGCUCUUUGUUCCUUUAUGGUCCUCCUCGUGACCUGCACCUCUCAGAAUGCACCUCUGACCCUGGCUUUAAUGUCCAUGGAGCGCUACAUAGCGAUCUGCUUACCUCUUCGCCACGGCACUCUUGUGACACCGAAAAGCACGGGCAUUGCCCUGGGGAUCAUUUGGUUUUUGAUCUUAUUGAAUUUAAUAACAGAUGUCAUGUUUGAAUUGAUUACAGAUCCAAGCCUCUUUUUAAAAACUACUUGGUGCACCAGGGAGAAGCUUUUUGUUGCCAGGUGGCAAUAUGAUAAAGCUCAAGGAGUGGAUAUUGUGUUUUUUGUCUCAGUUACAGUGAUCAUACUGUUCACUUACGUCGCCAUUAUAAUCACUGCCAGGAAUGUUUCCUCUAACAAACAAUCAGCAAUAAAGGCCCACCGAACUGUCCUGCUGCACCUAAUCCAGCUGGCUUUGUGUGUUAACACGUUCCUAUUUGGCACCAUAGAGCGAACGUUAUACAUGAUGGCUGGUAGCACUAACAAUUUAUUUAUACAGUUGCGCUAUCUGAACUUUCUCAUAGUCAUGAUUCUGCCACGCUGCCUCAGCCCACUUAUCUACGGGCUCAGAGACGAUGCUGUACGGCCCAUGUUCAGAUAUUAUUUUUGUUAUAGACCCAACAGAAUUAAGCCUGUAGUCCAUGUUGCCUAA